AAUCUAUGUCUCAUUCUGGAAUUAGUCUUCUUUAAGUCUUAACCCAAACAAAGGCCCAUCUACGAAUUCUUUUUCUUUCUUUUUCCUUCGUUCUCGGAAAGGAAAGGAAGGGAAUAAACAAUUCCCUGAAAACCGACGAAAAGAAAAGAAAGAACUUAAAAAGGGCAAAAAAAAAAAAAAAACUUUUGGAUCAAUUCGAGAUCUUCUAAAUAUUUCGUCUCAUUAGGAAACUUUCUCGGUUGAUACUCACACUGAGAAAAGAAGAAAAAAAUAUAACAAAUUACAUUUUUUAUUUUUCUUUAAUUUCCACAAUUUGAUAAAUUUUGAGAAGAGAGAAAAGAGAAAAUGAAUAUGUUCAGAUUAGCAGGGGAUAUGACCCAUUUGUUUAGUGUUCUUGUUUUGCUUCUCAAGAUCCACACCAUCAAAUCUUGUGCUGGCAUUUCCCUAAAGACUCAGGAACUCUAUGCUAUUGUCUUUGCUACUCGUUACUUGGAUAUAUUCACUGGUUACAUCUCGCUUUAUAACACAAUCAUGAAACUAAUAUUCCUGGGAAGCUCUUUCUCAAUUGUGUGGUACAUUCGACAUCACAAGAUAGUUCGCAGAUCUUAUGAUAAGGACCGGGAUACAUUUCGCCAUUAUUUGCUUAUGCUGCCUUGCCUAUUUCUUGCCCUUCUUAUAAAUGAGAAGUUCACCUUCAGUGAGGUCAUGUGGACAUUUUCCUUAUAUUUGGAAGCUGUCGCCAUACUUCCUCAGCUUGUAUUGUUGCAAAGGACGAGAAAUAUUGACAACUUGACUGGACAAUAUGUGUUUCUCCUUGGUGCAUACCGAGCAUUCUAUAUAUUGAACUGGAUUUAUCGGUACUUUACUGAAGAGCACUUUGUCCACUGGAUAACUUGGAUUUCAGGGCUUGUCCAGACGUUGCUUUAUGCUGAUUUCUUCUACUAUUACUUCCAAAGCUGGAAGCACAAUGUAAAGCUCCAAUUACCAGCUUGAGACUUUAGUUGUGGAAAUUUGUAAUUAGCAUACAUAGAUGUAAUCUGAUCUGAUUUGAUUACCGGUGCUUGGCAUUCUUUUGAUUUGCCUCUUUGUUUGGGGGUUCUUUUUGCAAGCUUGUAAGCAACAUGGCUUGGUUUAAUGCCCUAAAUACCAUUACCAAAUACCUUGAGAAAUUGUAGUGCAUAUUCUUUAUAUAAAAGCUAAUCGGAUGAGGAAUUUUGACUGACAGUUACCAUACCGUGGAUUCUUUGUAACGUU